AUGAAGUGCAUUGCUAUCGCCACAGCCGUUGCGGCCUUUGCCAACGUUGCCUCGGGUCACUACAUCUUCCAACAGCUCACCGCCAACGGUGUGAAGGGUGCCAACUUCCAGAACAUCAGGCCCGUUCCCAACAACAGCCCCGUCACCGACCUUGCGGACAAGAACCUGCGAUGCAACGCUGGCGGUAACUCCGGCAGCGGCACCACCACCGUCUCGGUCGCUGCUGGCUCGACCGUCUCCUUCACCGCCGACCAGGCUGUCUACCACCAAGGUCCCGUCACCUUCUACAUGACCAAGGUCGACUCUGCCGCCGCCGCCGAUGGCUCCACCGACUGGUUCAAGAUCAAGGAGAUUGGACCCACCUUCUCCGGAGGCCAGGCCAAGUGGGACAUGAGUGCUACCUACUCCACCACCAUCCCCUCCCAGAUCCCCGCUGGAGAGUACCUCCUCCGCAUCGAGCAGCUCGGCAUCCACAACCCCGGCAGCCCGCCCCAGUUCUACAUAUCCUGCGCUCAGAUCAAGGUCACUGGAGGAGGCAGCGGAAAGCCCUCUCCCACUACCAAGAUCCCCGGCCAUGUCAAGAGCACCGACUCCGGCUACACCGCGAACAUCUACGCCAACUUCAACUCCUACACUGUUCCCGGUCCCAAGGUCGCCACCUACUAG